ACUAUCGAUUAAUUAUCGAUACUAUCGUUUUUUUGGUAAACUAUCGAUAGUUCGAUCGAAAACUAUCGAUAGGGCGCUAUCGAGCGGCAACACUGGACGAUUGUUAAAAAAAAAUGUCUAAGUUUAUAAUGUUCUAACGGGAAUCUGUUUAUAUUACUUUAAUUCAUGUUUUCUGUUGAGUUUACAGUCGAGACGUGUCAUUCAGUUGUGGUUUAGCUUCUAUAAUGAUAUAAUAUUAUUUAGGUGCCUACUGAACGAAUAUCAGUGUAACUUUUAAGAGUAGAUAAACGAUAGUCGCAAUGGAAAGCGAGAAAAAAGUUGAAGAUGCUACAAAUGCGGAAGGGAACCUACUGGAACAGCCGAAAGAAGAAAUAAUUUCGACGCGGAAUCCCUUGAUGAAAGUGCGUACCUACGUGCUGGCGCUCCGACCGUGGUCAUUGAGCGCGAGCUUGCUUCCGACCCUUUUGGGCUCUGCGCUGGCUUAUCGUCUGCCUGGAGACGCCGGGUUCAGUUGGCUGACCCUCGUACUCACAAUAUGUACGGUUUUACCAGUUCACGGUGCGGGGAAUGUCGUAAACACAUACUUUGAUUUUGUUAAAGGAAUAGACAAUCGCAAAUCUGACGACAGAACUCUUGUUGAUCAUAUUUUAACUAUAGAUGAAGUUGUCUCACUUGGUGCUAUUCUGUACAUGGCAGGUUGUGCAUUCUUUGUCCCGUUAGUGAUAUCAUCACCAGCUCGAAUGGAGCAUUUAGCUUUAGUUUACUUUGGAGGACUGUCAUCAUCAUUUUUGUACACGGGAGGAAUAGGUUUGAAGUACAUCGCUCUAGGUGAUAUUUUAGCUCUAGUCAUAUUUGGGCCUGUAUCAGUUGUAUUUUCUUUCUUAGCACAAACAGGAAGAGUUGAUUGGCCUAUUAUUUAUUACACAAUACCACUUGCUUUAAAUACUGAGGCAAUUUUACAUAGCAAUAAUACAAGAGAUCUAGAGGCAGAUAGCAAAGCAGAGAUUGUGACAUUAGCUAUACUGAUUGGAACAACAGCUUCUUAUUUAUUGUAUGCAUUUUUACUCUUUACUCCUUACAUUAUGUUUGUAGUAGCAUCAGUAAGGUGUUCACUUUGGUUUUUAAUUCCCAUGCUGACUUUGCCUCGAGCAUUUGAAAUUGAGAGGAGAUUUCGCUGUCCAGAGACUAUGCGCUAUGUGCCGCGACAAACUGCCAGACUCAAUUUUUACUUUGGUAUGUUGUACAUGAUCUCUUGUUUAUUUGCUUAUAGAUUACCAUUUCUUCUAUAGGUUUUUUUUUUCAACACUUAAUACUUGUUUGUGUACUUAAAACUACUAUAGACUGUGCUAGCCUCCACUGAUUUAUUCAUGUAAAUAUUUAAACCAGUAUAAUAGCUUUUUAUAUGUGUGCAUGGGAUCUGAGGGAUUUAUGUGUGCUUGUUUCAUGUCAAUUACAUCUGUGAGUUGGCAGAUAGUUGGCAAAGUUAUUGUAUUGUAAACUUUGACAAUUACAAGAUGCCGACAGAAAAAAUACAUUUAAAAAUAAACUGUAUGUUUUCUUUGACAUGUUUCUAUUGCAUUUAACUGCAAUACAUUUUGUAGAACAUCUUUAAAUACAAAUGUAUUAUCAAUUAAAAUAUAUUUGUAGCUCUUGUUGCAAUGUCAAAUUCUAAGAUUUCAGUAAUCUUGUGUUGAAGAACUUAUGAUGACAGUUGUUGAUAACAUUUCUAUUCAAAUGCUAAGCAGAGUUCAUUGUGAAAGGAAAGUAAACCAUUAAAUAUUUAUUUUUAACUCUAGGUAAUUUUAUAUGAACUACCUCUUAUUACUUGCGUAAAAAUUGUGAAAUAUUUUUUAUCCAUUUAUUUCUGGCUUUUGUAGUCAUAAGAAUAUUAGAAUCUUCUCUAGGUUAAGUAACAGAAUGCAUCGACAAUAAUUUAUCAUAAGCAUUGGAAAUAUAUUGUAAUUUAUUUUGUUUUAUAAUUACAAAAAGGAUAUUUAUAUUAAAAUGAAAAAUAUUGUUGCACA